GUGGAUGUUGCUCAGUUGGUUGAAAAUAUGACUAGUCAAUUUUAGUAGUAUAUUUAUAUUUAUAUACAACUAACUAUUAGGAAUACACUUAUGUAAAUAUCUUCUUCUUCUUCUUCUUCAAUAUUCUUUUUCCUAUAGACAAUGUUACUAUCAUUUAUUCAUUUGUCUAUAUUAUCAUUAUUCAAUAUGAUGUUUAUGAUUAUUACUACUAAUGUGAUGUUGAAUCCUUUAAAACCUAUAAAAAUAACUUUAAAUCAUGGUGGAUCAAUUAUUGGAAAAGAAGAAACUGUACAGAUUGAUGGAAAAGAAGUUCAAGUCAAUAGUUUCUUAGGUAUACCUUAUGCAUCAAAACCAAUCGGUAAAUUACGUUUUGCUCCACCAAUAAAACAUCCCGGUUGGAAAGGUUCAUAUAAUGCAACUAAAUUAUCAGCAACAUGUUGGCAAUAUAUAUUUGUAGGAUUUGAUGCUGUUAAUGCUGCUGGUAAAAUGUGGAUUAACAAUACUGAAAUGAGUGAAGAUUGUUUAUAUCUUAAUGUAUGGACUCCAAAACCUAGUGGCAAAAAUUCACGGUUUCCAGUUAUGGUAUGGAUAUAUGGCGGUGGGUUUACUUCAGGCAGUGCUAAUCUACAAGUAUAUAAUGGAGCUAUACUUUCAGCUACACAAAAUGUAAUUAUUGUUUCUAUGCAAUAUCGUGUCGGUGCAUUUGGUUUCUUACGAUUAAAGCCUAAUACUACCGAUCAAACGCAAACUAGUGCUCUAGGUAAUCAGGGCUUAUUAGAUCAAUUAAUGGCAUUAAAGUGGGUAAAAGAGAAUAUAGAACAAUUUCAUGGUGACCCAAAUCAAGUGACAAUAUUUGGUGAAUCUGCCGGAGCAGUCAGUGUAUCAAUUCUAUGGAUGUCACCAAUUGCUCAACCAUAUUUUCGUAGAGCGAUAUUACAAUCAGGUAGUCUAUAUGCUAGAUGGGGUUUAGACACUGCAGAUGAAGCACACGAGAAAGCAGAUAUAUUCACUCAGGAAUGUGGCUGCCAAUCGCCUUCUGUAGACCGUAAAGCUAGUUUGGAAUGUCUUCGAAAGUUGGAUCCAUUAACACUUGUUAAUCAACUGGAUAGCAUAAAUGUAGCUAUUGGUAAACGUCGUUAUGAUACUGUUAAAAAAUAUCUACGACCCAAAAAUCAUCAACAUGAACCAUUCCUAUUAAGUCAGUCUACAAGUACUCGAUUGUAUUUCGAUGUUCCAUUGCAACCAGUUAUUGAUGGUCAUCUUAUGCCGAAACAUCCUGAUCAAAUUUUUCAUGACAAAAAUACAUUAAAAGAUAAACCAGAAUUAUUGAUUGGUGUUAACACCAACGAGGCAAUGUUUUUCCUCCUCCCAGGUAUUUCAAUAAAAGAUACGCAAUUCCUAUUCCCAAAUGGUUCAGUUAUUAUGCCUGACACUAUAGGAUUGGCUGGUAAGAAACAACCAUUUAAACAAGGAGAAGAAAUAGCCGAUUUCUAUUGGAUCACAGCCACACAGAUAAUAGAAGAAUCUCAUAUGAGACCUGGUCUAGCAAAAUUACCAUCAUAUUAUUAUAAUUUACCACUCAUUUCCAGUCCAAAACAAGGUUACUACGAUCCGGAUACCAUACACAUCAAAGAUGAAGAACUUCUCAGACGAUUAGAUAAAUUUGCCGGUGAUUUAGACUUUGCUUGUCCAACUUUAAAUUUUGCUGAACAAGUUGCUAGAUUACCAGAUGCUAAAGUAUUCCUAUAUCAUUUUAAUAAACGUACUGAAUCACUUCCUAUGCCUACAUGGACAGGUGUUAUGCAUGGCUAUGAAAUUGAAUAUAUUUUUGGUAUACCACAUGAUCCGAAAUUUUCAAAACAAUUUUAUAGUUUUACAGAUCCUGAAAAGAAAUUCAGUUCCAGAAUGAUGGAAAUGUGGACUAAUUUUGCUAAAACCGGACAUCCAUCUAAAAGUGAUGAUGGUCACGUGUCUAUACCAGAAUGGCCUUUGUUUCGUCGUACUGAUGGAUUUAUAUCAAGCGACCCUGAUCAUUUGAUUCUAGAAAAUGAGACUAAACUCGGCAGUGGAUUACACCGUGAUCGUUGUGCGUUUUGGUUACAUGAAAUGAAAGACAUGACAGAUAUAUUAAACGAUACAUGUGAAUGUUCUAGUGGAAUAAAACCAACUGGAAGUUAUCGAUUCAUCAUUGGAUUAUGGUUACUUAUUUUCAUUGGAUAUUUAUAGAGUAGUUUUUAUAUUGAUGAAAAUGUUUCUUUUUUUCUUUUUCUUGUUGUUCUUCUUGUUGUUGUUGUUGUUGUUGUGGGAGACAGUUUGCAACGACAAUGAACAGAAGAGAUUGUUUUAAAUUUAUUCGAAUUAGUGGAAUUAAAAUUGAAUUGGUGAUAGUUGAGCAACUUCUUCUUUUUCAUCUUCUUCCUCUUCUUCUUCUUCUUCUUCUUCU